CAGCUCUCGGGAGCCGCCUCGGUGUAGACAUCACCUUCGCCCUGGCAGGCCAAAUACGUUGCCGUUCCCCCUCGCGUAGCAUCAUACAUCGCACGCCCUGACAAGGCAUUGUGACGAUCAUUUGCACCUCAACCCUCCCACCGCCUUGACUAUUUCCAACUCCACGCACUGAGGGCUGCACUCUAUAUCGCGCUUGGCAACCGCCUGGUCUACCCAGGGCCGGGAUAACGUCUUGACGCGCCACUGUGGCAUAGCCCGUCACGCCUUAGCUCGGUUCAAGGCACGCAUGUCGACAUGCCCGAUCUCGGGGCUUCAGGACAGUAUGGCUGCAGUCCUCCCAGGUAGGCCGCAGUCCAGCCUCCAAGGCUUGGCGACUGGUUUCUGUAGAGACCGGCACCUCAAUGUGAGUCGACACGUCCUUGUUACCCUCUCGUCGGACCACAUGCUGUCUAACGCGUGGGGUUAUUGUGCGGUAGGCAUACAUAAGCGGCAGCGCCUUUACCAUUCUCGACGGCUCCCAAGCCAUCGUGCAGACCAUUUACGAUAACGACGACAAGCGCGAGCUCGAGGCCAUCGCGCUCGACGAAAUCUCUGGGAACAUAGCCGUCAGCACAGCAAAACAAGUCCGCAUCUACAAGCUUCUCAAGCUCGCUCGCGAUGACAGUCUGCAGUGGGUUCAAGAGGCUUCCUUCGACAUUACACAUGCGGUGCCGGGGUCAGCAUGUUCCCUUUCUUGGGGAAACUCUGAGGAGCUUCUCGUUGGCACUCGUGCCCUCAGUCUCUACGCCACCCGAUCGCAACCCUCCUGUUGCUGGAUGAAGGCUUUGCCAAGCCCAGUCAGUUCUGCCGCUAUAUCGUUUGACUCGGCUUACAUUGCGAGCAUUGGGCGCUACGAUCGUCUGCCCAAGAUAUGGCGGCGCCUCACAUACGGAGCCGACGAGGUUCGCUUCGAUAUGUCCUACUUGCGCCACCCCGAUGUUGUGACGUCGGUGAGAUGGCGCAGGCCAUUCCACCCGGAUCAAGUCGUCGAAAAUAUUCUAUACACACUCUGUCGGGACCUGCACAUUCGAAUCUGGACCCCAAUUGAUAGUAGUGAUGGCCGCUACUGGCAGCUCUGGGGGCACGUCAGUCUCAUGGAGACUUCUAGUCGGCUUUUCGCUGCUCCCACCCCGCGCUUGGUCUGCAUCAUCGAUGGUCGCGACUUCACCGCCGCAGUGGAAUGCGCCGUCAAGGACCGCAUGGCCGAUGACCAGAGCACCGACGAUGUGGCUCUCGAUCACCUCGUGGCUGUUGCGAACCGGAGUCCAGAAAUAUGCCUGGUCAUCAGCCCUCAAGGUAUCAUGUCGGCAUGGGCUCUGGAGAACGUGGGCGAUGCGCGCGGAAGCAAGGGCAGGAUUUUCAGUAUCGCCCAGGUCCAGUCUCGUCAGUUCGAGAGCUUGGGAGGCUUCCUGAAUCCUCAGCAAGACACCCCCCAUUUGCAAACGGAGACGUAUUGCGACAAGUCCGACGGGCGCUUGCGUAUCAUGGUACACGCCUUUGACGGAAGAAUCGGCGUUCUCACGAGCAACGUCGCAGAUUUACUUGACCCCACCACCAACGACAGGCGACUCGCCCUUGAGGCUGUCUGGUCAGGCCAUUCAUCGCCCAUAAAGAAAAUCGUGCGCAAUUUCAGCGGCCGAGCUAUCGUGUCUAGGACCGACAACAGUGAGUGCAUCGUUUGGCAACAUGGCUUUUCGAGCAUGCGCAGCACAUCGGCCAUUGAAUUAUCCCGGCGCAGUGUUAUCCCGGAAACUAGACGGAUCCAUCGCAUCUCUCUCCUCCGCAAAGGUCGCUUCAUCAUCCUCCUCUGCGACAACGAAAUAUCGCUGUGGGAUUGCCGCGCCGAAACGGCAACCCUGCUUUCCAGCUGCUCUUUUCACCUUGACGGCAACCCUCUGUGUCUCAUCAUACUGCCUCGCCCCGACGCCAGGCAGAUUACGACUGCUCACGUGGCCACCGUCUCCUCGGAUCGUCAUGGAAUGGUAUGGGAGGUUAGGCUGCCUCGAUUCAUUGACGGCCCCUUGACCACGGAAGGGGCCGCUAUUGAAGAGUUCUGCCGCUUCGAAAUGGCAGCUCCCGAAGAUCUGAAGUACGUCCUUCCAGUCGAUCCAGCAGGGUCUUCUCCCAUGGCCUCGGGCUUCUUAGAUGUGUUCGCACGUGAUGUUGCUAUUUCCUACACACGCUCCGGGCGUGUCGACUUUUGGACGGCCCGCAUCGACCCUGCGCGGCACUGCGUUGAGUGGUUGUCAACUUGCUACACCGAGACGGGUAUUCCCGAUCCUGCACUGGCCAGCGGAAGCAUGUUGAAAAAGGCUGCGCUGGUAAAUUCCGCCCGAUCACAAAUUACCAUCUGGGAUAUAGGUGGCUCCCGCCUCGAGUUUGAGAAGGGUUAUGCCACGGACGACGAUAUUCGGGACCUCGACUGGACAUCUACCCCUGACAGUCAGUCGAUACUCGCCGUAGGCUUCCAGCAUCGCGUCGUACUCUUAUCCCAGAUGCGGUUUGACUAUCUAAACAAGGGCCCUGCCUGGGCACCGAUCCGGGAAAUCAGCAUCCGCAGCCUCAGCCCCCAUCCGAUCGGCGACUCAACGUGGCUCGGUGACGGCCAUUUAGUAGUUGGUGCUGGCAAUCAGCUUUUCGCUUACGAUCGACGUGCUGGCAGCAACGAAUCACUUCUUCCAGAUGUUCGACUCACUCACCACCGCAAAGACGGAACCUGGGAUCUGUUUGAGGCCGUUCAGCGUUUUAACGGUCCAAUUCCUGUGUUUCACCCGCAAUUUCUCAGUCAAUGCAUCCUCUCCGGAAAGAGCAUCCAGGUUCGGCGGAUCCUUGAAGCAAUGCAUAAGACACUAAAGUAUCUUGUCCCGGGUGAACCCGUCGAUGACUACCUCGGACUGGACCUGAAGGGCUUUUACACAACCCCUACCGAUGAUACGCAACCCGGAGAGAGACCAGGCGUCGCCUUUUUGAAUGGGCACAAGGGAGAGGAAAUGGAGGAGGAUGAAGCAGGUUUUUCUGAAAAGACGGCCGUGGCUAUCAACGAAAAGUUGCUGAGCAUCGGCAUCCCGCAACUGUCGGGCCAUGAACAGAUGCAGCUUGCGGAUAUGGUUGAGUGUGUAGCCUUGGUUGAAAAGCACCGGCGGUCCAUGGACGAAAAUGCGGCCCGAUUCAUGGUGUUUUUCCGCCAGAACGCGCUCAGGAGGACACGGUCGACCGACAUGUACCUGUCCUGGCGAGAGUUUAACUGGGCGUAUCACUCCGGAAGCCAAGACCUCUUGCUCGAUUUUGUAUCUCGGCAAGCCCACGGGCAAAUGUUGUGGAACAAUGCGCGGGAGAGCGGCAUUUUCAUGUGGCUCUCGGACAUUAACACAGUGAAAGAUCAAUUCGAGAUCAUUGCUCGUAACGAGUACAACAAGGGGGACACUAAGAACCCUGUCGACUGCAGCCUCUUUUAUCUGGCAUUGCGAAAAAAGGCAGUGCUGCAAGGUCUGUGGCGCAUGGCCAGCUGGAAUAAGGAGCAGGCGGCAACGCAGCGGUUAUUGGCGAACAACUUUGAUGAGCCCAAGUGGCGGACGGCUGCCCUGAAAAACGCGUACGCAUUGCUUAGCAAGCGGCGCUUCGCAUACGCGGCGGCCUUCUUUCUUUUGGCCGACCGCCUCGAGGACGCUGUCGAGGUGUGCUUGCGGCAGCUUCGCGACAUGCACCUCGCUGUUGCCAUUGCCCGGGUUCACGGAGGGGACAGUGGUCCAGUGUUGCGAAAAAUACUUCGUGAUGAGAUGCUUCCACUUGCAGCGCAGCAAGGGAACAGGUGGCUUGCAUCAUGGGCAUUCUGGAUGCUGGGUCGCAAGGACAUGGCGGUCAGGGCGCUGAUCACACCCGUUUACACGCUCUUGGAGACUCCGUGUUCGCCUGACAUCCAAUCCCGCCUCUUUCUAACGGACGACCCGGCUCUUGUUGUGCUGUACUCACAACUUCGGCAACAGACAUUGCAGACACUGCGGGGAGCGUCCAAGGUGACGCCGAAGAUAGAGUGGGAAUUUGUUCUUCAUAGUGCCAAGUUGUACGACCGCAUGGGCUGCGACCUUCUCGGCCUGGACUUGGUGCGGAACUGGGAAUUCCAACAACCUGCAAUGGCUGGGUUCGCGGGGGAGGUGAAUCCGCUCAAGCUGCUUCGGCGUCGAAGCUCUUUGGUCGUCGACGACCUGCCCUCCAUUCGCCGGGACCUUGGCUCUGGGGCGAAGGUGGGCGCAGCAGCAAGAAGCGGGAAGCCGUUGACCCCGACGCCACCGACAUUCCAAGAGCCGGAUGCCGCGUCGCUUCUAGAUAGCUUCGGCCUGUGAUAAUGAUGACCCCUGCCGUGGGCGACUCGCUUAUAUCCGCAGAUUGCGGCCUCUAUGUGUAAGGUAGCCAUGGCACAACCUGGCCUUGAUCCUUAUCCAACUGUUGUAUUGAUUGACGACAUGUGGCACCAUGUAGCAUAGAGGAUUAUGGUUGUCUUGAGACAACCCUGCACUGUAUUAGUCAUGGCAUGUUAGCG